GCCAUGGACGGGGAGCCGGCGGAAGCCGAGCCGGCGCCCGCUGCAGAGCCUGCCACAGAGGCGCCUGCGGAACCUCCAGCAGAGGCUCCUCCGGCAGAGGCGCCGACAGAGGUGCCGACAGAGGCGCCUGGUGAAGCGCCUGCGGAAGUGCCUGCAGCAGCUCCUUCUACCGAGGAGGCGGCCGCAGACGCUCCUCUCGCAGAGGCCCUGGAGGCUGCCGCAGGGGAGGCCCACGAGGGCGAUGGCGCUGGGGAG